AUGAUUUUGUUUCAUAAAUUCUACUUGUGCCUAUUUUCAUUAUAUUUUAUUAGUUCAAUUAGUGAUGCUUAUAGGAUUCUCGUUAUUGCUCCUGUUAAUUCAAAAAGUCAUAGUAAUAUGUUAGAAAGUGUCGCUAAAGCUUUAGCAUUAAAGGGACAUCAAGUAGAUGUUAUUUCACAUUUUAAAUUGAAAGAUCCGCCUAAAAAUUACACAACAAUUAUAAAUUUGGAUAGUCCAUUGAAGAAAAUGGUAAAUACUUGGACAAUGGAAAUGGUAGAACUUUAUCGAAAUAUUGAUUUAGUUCCCGCGGUAAUUGAAUAUUUUGGAAGCAAUUUUUGUGAAUUAAUGGCAAUAGAGAAAAUGCAGAGGUUCAUUAAAAAUCCUCCAAAUGAUCCUCCAUAUGAUUUGGUAAUUGUAGAGGCUUUGAGGGUGAAUUGUUUUUUUGGAUUUGAGCAUAUUUUAAAAGUUCCGCUGGUAGUGGUGUCAGCAUUAAAAGAAUUUUUAUGGUUUGAUGAAAUACUUGGAAAUCCAAUGUCUAACGCUUAUACAGCUAACACAGAGACAAAAAAUUCACGUAUUGUCACAUUUUGGGACCGAGUGAAAAAUCACUUUUGGGCACAUUAUAAUAAUUAUAGAUUUUUUAAAAAUACAGAAGAAAAUCAAACAGUGUCCAUGAGAAAAUAUUUAAGUCCAGAUAUACCAAGUAUUAGAGAAAUUGAGAAAAAAGCAUCUUUGCUUUUAGUGAAUGCAUAUCAGAGUUUUUUUGGUAUAUGACCUUUAAUUCCUGCUGUGGUCCAAAUUG